ACCACCCCCAAUGUAUACCCCAGCGCCAGUCAAUUCUCAUUUUCCCGAUCUCCGUGUAGAGCUCCGGGAGAUUCAGUCAGCCAAUCGGGGCCGGAAAUUUGGAGUCAAGGACAGGCGGGCCGUAGAUCCGCCUCCGGUCGUGCAACUACAGGCAUUCAGGACUGUUCAUGACGGAAUCAAUUUCUUCGAGGUUGAAGUAGAGGAUUACAGCGCAGUCGAAGUGUCUGGCCUCAUAUGUCAUCUCGAUGUGUUCCCACUUUCAUCCAGUCCUCAUCCGACGCCCGCUAUAUCCGACGGUGGAAGCCUGGCUGCGGCCUCUUACGGACAGGCCCUUUCAACUGUCACUCCGUAUCAAUUGUCCCAACCUGGUUGGCAGACGUAUCCUCCGCAGAUGGCAUCCGAACCGGCACCCGUACCUUUGAUCAUCUACCGUGCCCAACAUCAACCCUACGAAGCGGAUCCUGUCGUUGUGUGGGUGAACGGCACCCCCUUCCGAGAGUCCGAGGCUAUCACGUCAGAAGCAUUCGGCUCCCGAGAAGUCGAGGCAACGAGACUUUGCUACGAAGGCAACCAUAUCGUGGUUUUUACCUUCUGCGACCUUGCAUUGAAGCGGGCGGGGUCCUGCUUCUUCAGGUAUCGAGCCUUCGACUUGCGGUCGCGCAUAUCGCAGUUGGUUGCCGGGUCAAGUGAUGGUCCCAUCCCAAUGCUAGGAGAAUGUUACGCGCAAGCUUCGACAAUGAUAUGGGAUACGAAGUCGUUUCCUGGGCUAGAUGUUUCGACGCCCUUGAGCCAGGCCAUCUCAAAUCAGACUGCGAGUCAGCGUCCUCGGGUCCGAGUACGAGCGCCCAAAACAAAAGGGGCCUAAGGGUGUCGAUAAUCCUCCUUCAAGUCCGUUAGGCCUGGUUGUGUGGUGUGCAUUAGCCUUUAUUUAUAUGUAUAUGCCAUCCUCGCGCUUGCGAUGAUUUUCACGGACAUAUUGCUUCGCAGAUGUCAGAGGGCGAUGUCGGCAAACGCCUUCCAGUAUACGCCAGCGCGAAUAAGUGCACGGUUACUUACCGACACCAAUCCUCAGUGGCUCCUGGCCAGUGGCUGUGCUAUCAGUAUGAGCUCGCAACCGUUCAUGUGACCGCCGAGCCCGGCGCUAAAUUAUAACAUGUACUCUACACC